GUGACAUACCCCUGUUUCAUUGUUUUCCAUUUGCUGUCGUAUGGGAUGCACGCGAGCAUUUUUAUAAUAAAUUUUACGUUUAUAUUAUUAAUUUAAUUAUGUGAAGUGUUUAACUCAAUUAUAAAGUGUUAAGAGUGGCGCAGUGGUUGUUUAUUGUGACUAGAAGAAUACCAAAGAAUAUUCUGAAGAUAUAACUGAAAAUUUAUAUUUAUCUAACAAUUUGUCGCAUCGGUAUUAAGUCACAAUGGUGUCAUCAGGAUUAAAGAGUGGCCUUUUCAUGGGCUUCGGGGCCGGGCUGGUGGUGGUCGGGGCCGUCAUGGUGGUUUAUUGGCCUCCUCUAUUUAUGUCACAACUGCAGAGGAUGAUGGUGCUGUCCCCGACUUCCAUGUCGUUCGAAAUUUGGCGCGAGACGCCGAUCCCGAUGUAUCUUGAGUGUUUCAUGUUCAACAUAUCGAAUGUGGAUGAUAUUUUGGCCGGGAAGAACGUCUCUUUGCAAGUCACGCAGAUGGGGCCGUAUGUGUUCCGGGAGACGCAUAGCAAGGUGAACCUGUCAUGGAACGAUAACUCUACGAUUACGUACUAUAACCAACGGUUUUGGUACUACGAGCCGGAGCUGUCCAACGGCAGCCUAUCUGACGAGAUUACCACCAUCAACCCCAUCAUCGCGACGGUAGCCUACACGAUGCGUAACGAGCGGAUGAUCAUCAAGAUCCCUGUAGACGUGUUCCUGCGGCUGUACCACAGCAACAUGUUCCUUACCGCCAACGUGUCGUCGUGGCUGUUCGACGGUAUCGAUGACCCAGUGUUGGACAUCGCGUCGCAAUUCCCCAAUCUGCCCAUGGAGAUACCGUACGACAAGUUCGGAUGGUUUUAUGAGCGCAACGGCUCCGUAGAGUUUGACGGUUCGUUCAUAAUGAGCACGGGCGCGGCGGACUUCUCUCAGCUCGGCAACAUUCAGAAGUGGCGGUAUUCCACACGCACGCCGUUUAGGGGCGAGUGCGGGGAGGUGAAGGGGUCGACCGGGGAGCUGUGGGCCCCAGAGAUGGGACAGCCGGAGGUGUACAUAUUCGCGUCGGAUAUUUGCACGUACAUGAUACUGGCCAAAGAUUCUGACGUCACCAUCGAGGGUAUUGACGGCGUGCAGUACGCGGCGAACGACUCGGUGUUCGACAACGGACAUCGAUACCCUCAUACGGCGUGUUACUGCGACGAGGUGCGCGACAGCAGCUGCCUGCCGCCGGGCGCGCUCAACGUGUCGGUGUGCCGGUUCGGCGCCCCGGCCUUCGUCUCCAUGCCGCACUUCCUGCACGCCGACCCCUACUACCCCAGCAAGAUCGACGGGCUGGACCCUAAAGAGGAGUACAAAUUCCGCCUCUCGCUGGAGAUGUUCACGGGCAUGCCGCUCAGCGUCGCCGCGCAGCUGCAGAUCAACCUGCUGGUCCGACACGUCAGCGGGAUCAGCUUGAACAACCAGCUGCCGGACCCCGACACGCUGGUGCCGAUGUUCUGGUUCCGGCAGGAGAUGCAGACGACGCCGGAGUACGCCGCCAUGGCGCGCUACGCUCUGCGCCUGCGCUACUGGGUGCCCUACGCACUCUACGCGCUCAGCGUAAUCGGUGUAGCUCUACUUAUAGUAGGCGUGACAGUCCUCAUCAGGAGGCUGCUGAAGUCUCCUGAAACAACACCGAUCCUCGAGGAGUCGUCAUCCCAAGAGAACCAGUGACGACGAGUAUUAUAGGAUUAUUGUAACUGUUAUAUAUCAUGGAAAGACAGAGUAAUUCCGCUUAGAUAUCUGUAUUGACGAUUUGCGGGUAGAACGAAAAAUAUCGUACUAUAUUUCCAUUUCCAUGUUUGAGACAAUUUAAUUUGGACGGAUUUAUGGAACGUUUUCGAAUGUGCGUCUAUGACUAUUAGAUACAAGACCUAUGACUUUUUGUUUGUUUUUUAAGUCAGUAAUGUUCCGUAGCAUUAAGUAGUGAACGAAAUGAAAUUGUGAGAUAGUCAAUUCGGUUUUAGUAAAAUUAUUGAACGGUGACGUAAUGGAAUUUUUGAAAACUAUUUAGGACAUUGCCUGUAGACUUAUUUUUUUUUAUUAAGUUAAUUUUGCCAAUAUACGACGGUUUUUAGUAAUAUUUAAAACAAUGAAAUCAAUACGUCAAUGUUAUUUCAAUUAUUAACUAUUUUUCUGACCAUAUUCAACUUUUUUGACAGCGCUAAUUUUUAAGUAUGAUGUUUUAAAAAGAAAUAUUUAUAAUACUACAAAAGACAUCUUGACGACAUGUGCUGUCUGAAUUUGUGUAGAAGAACUGGGAAAGGAUUUAUAAGAUAUAUAUUUAACUAAAUAUAGAUAGAUGUUAUUCAAAUUAUGAAGUCGGAGAAUUAUUAUCUUUACUUAAUAUAAAUAAAUAAAAAAAAUAUGGAACUUGAGAUGAUAUAUGAUGAUAUGAAUAAAAAUAAAUACCAAAAAUGGUUAUGUGUGUCUCAAGAGGGUAUUAUGGCAAUAUUAUUAAUUGAAAAUUUAUCAAAGAUAUCUAGAAAUGUAAUAUUAGCAUUAUAUUAGGAGAAAUGGUUAGACUAUUUGUCCUCUGUCAUAGUCAACGAAAUGGCGUUGAUGAAAUGAUACUUCAUUUUAGUGUCGUCAUUUUUAGGAAAUGCUAGAAAAAACACGUUUAUAGCUAAUCAGAAAUAAACUAUGAAUCUGGAUAAACCAUCGAAAUAUAAUUUAAUUUUUGCACAAAAAUCAAACAUUUUUCAUAAUAUUUCAACACGGACUUCAAUUCCGUUUAACCUAAAUCUAAUUCCCAUAAUCAAAAGUUUAUUAAAAAUGCUGAUCGGUUAGUAACAGCAGUUUGCAAUAAAUGAUCCCAAUCUCAAUCUUCAAUUUGGUUUCGAGAAUGAACCAAUCAAAAUAACUCAUUUGUAAACGUCAGAAAAAUACUUUGUUCUGAUUGGUCCAUUUUUGAGAUAGAUUGAAAAAAGCGAUUAUUAAAAAUGGCGCUUAGUUAGUUCUAGUAAUUACACUUAACUAAAGAUUAGUAAAUAAUGUGCCUUGCCAGUAAAUUUAUAUGUUGAAAAAUUUUAUUCCAAAGAGUAUAACGUUUACUGGUAAAAGGUAGCGAAUAUGAACAUCUUCCUUGAAGCUCAUACGUAGGAUUAUUGUGCCUUGUUAAUUAAGCCUUACUCAGUCAAAACCGCGGUUGUACCGUCAGUAAAGACUGGGACCGUAGCGUCAGAAAAAAAAUGGGAAUGUACUUUUGAUUAGGACAAGGUCACUGCAUGGUAUGUUAUCACCAAUCUUCUAAAAGUCUCAUUCUUGCAAUUUGUGCAUUAUGAACGUUAUGCUUAGAGCCAAAUUAUAUGUUAAAAUUAUAGCGUAUUUUUAUAAAUGUAAAAAUUAUAAAUAGUAGUCAUAAAAUUGAUGACUCGAAUGCUUUAGGUCGUAAAUAAAAAGGCAUGAUUUUAAUUUAAUUAUUAUCCAUGUUGAAUUAACUAGGUAUAUCGACGGAUGAAAGGCUAAUUGACUUAAGUGUAAUUUUUUUGUGAUACAAAAUUUCGUACAUAUUUUUAAAUUUGGCACUUUUUUCUAUGUUUUUUUUAACCUAGUUAAAAUUUUCGAAAUAAAUGACACUUAAGUCAAUUAGCUUUUCAACCGUCGAAAUGGUUUAAAAAUGGUCAAUAAAUAAAAAAAAAAAGUUGAUUUUUUUUUUAUAUUUAUAAAAACAUAUUUAAACCACCCUUUUAAAACUAUACUUUUUAUUUACGAUCACAAAUUCACCAUUGCGUGGGAGUCGUCGAAAUAUAUCAAAUAGGAAAAAUAAAUGUUAGUUGCAAAUGCUCUUUUUACUUUUCUGCAAACCCUAUAGACUAUGCAAUCAGAUCAUAGCUUUUCGCUAGAGUUGAGUACUUUAUCCGGGAAUCGAAUAAACACUGUAUAGUGUUAUAAAAAUCUGUUACAAUACUGUUAUGUAUAUACCUAGUCCUUCGAUGUAUUUGGGGACGUAUUUAAUGUAAAUAUGUAAUCGGUUUCUAGUUUUGUACAUUAAAUCUUCUUCCGUUAGCUUAAGGUGUAGAAUAGACGUAUUCACAGUAGAAAAAACGACAUAGAUAAUUUUUUUUUAGGUUUUUUAUUUACUGUAAAUUAGACAUGCAGAUGCUCAAUAAUAUAAUAUGCGGUUAUGAAUAAUAUAAUUUAUAAUUGCAUAUAAUGAAAAUGUAUAUAUAAUAAUCAAAAAAGCAUGAGUGCGUACGAAAAAAAAAUCAGUGACUUAAGAGCGAGUCCAAUGGCAUGUCCAGUGUAUAUUAUGUAAUGGUGUUAUAAGCCCGUGUAUAUUAUGUAAUGGUGUUAUAAGCAUGUGUAUAUUACUUUUUAUUGAAAAUAUUUGUAUAAUAUCACUUAUAAUGUAUAUUUUAAAUUAUUUAGCGCAUAAUAAUACAUGUACCAAAAAUUAUGUUUAUUUUGGGCGUUAUUUUUGAAAUAUUAUUAUCUUUUCAGUCUGAAGUUAGUCGCGAAUUAUUUUAUUGUUCUCAAAGAGUUUGAAUUAUGACCUUAAAUACAAUAUCGAUAGAGCUCAAAAUAAAAGUGUAAUAAUUCUGGGUUAAUAACUCUUUUUUUAGGUGACUAAGAAAUAAAGAUGGAUGAUUGUAAAAAAAAUUGUCUAUGAACCUGUUUCAUAAUAUGCAAGUGAAUUUUAUCCGCCAGUUCACAAAUAGAUAUUGUAGUUAGUAAGUAUUUGAGGAAAUAAUUACUUAUGUAUUUGGCCGUCUUGUUUUACGAGUAGAAAUUAAUUAGAUCUCUUGAAAAAAAUGCCAAGACGUAAGAAAUAUGUACCAUUAUUAAAUUGCUCUGCUUUUAUCAAACUACCUCUAACCUUAUUGCUUUUAGUUAAGGCUUAUUUUACGGACCGCAAAACUAGGCCCUUUUCAGGAACUUGAACACUGUUAGCUUAACACAAAUAGCUUUACUCUUGCGGGUUUUAAUUCCUGUUAAUUCUUCCCAUUAUUAAACUAGUAUUGAUAAAAUAUUACCCCCUUAUUCAUAAACGUUAUUUAUCUAAGGAUGGAGCAUUGCUGUGAUAACAAGUCUGUUUCUCAGCUUUGUUUAUCUGACAGCCAAUAAAAUUAAAGUUAUAUAUCAAUAUUAGCCAAUCACAACGGCCCUAUGUCUACGCACUACGAAGGCUGUCAUGUCGUCAGCACUGAGAAACAGACUUGUUAUCACAACAAUGCUCCGUCCUUAGAUAAAUAAUGUUUUUGAAUAAGGGGGUUAGUCUAUUGUUCCACUAUCAUAGGAAAUGUAAGAUGCCUGUCUAUGGUCGGUUUGAAGUUAGGCACGAAAGAGAAUUCAAUACAAUAAAAUGAUGUUAGAAUUACGAUCAUAUUUUAAGGGGUUUUAAAGUAUUUUUUGCAAUGAUUUAGAUGUGUUUUUGUUAAUUAAAACAUGUAUUAAUACACAAAAGCCAGUUGAACCCUCGUAACAGUGAGAUUUUGAAAGACAAAUAUUGUUAUUUAUUAAAAAAAAAUAUCUGUACCUAUCUUCACACCGGUCAUGGAUAAGCGUCAGUCGCAUUUUAUAUAUUACGAACUUAGAAGAAAUGCUCUUUAUGUAUCCCUUAUUUUAAGGAGUUAUUUUUAUUUAUUUAGACAUCUUUAUUAUUGAAUAUAUGUUUCAUAUCUCAUUUAACUGAAAUCAUUUAAAUGACGUUUUUGUAAAUUGUGUAUUGUUGUUUGUAUUGUCUAUGGGAUGAUAAAAUUUUAUGAAACGUU